AUGGACGGCGCGGAUCUCCCCUCCCACUCCGCCGCCGCCGCCGCCGCCGCUGCCGCGGCCGACGCCGACCGGCCUCCGGAGAGCGCGGGCGACGGCGGCGUGGAGGACGAGCCUGCCGCCGCGCUCCCUCUGGAGCGGUGCGAGGCGCUGGCCUCCGCGAUCGCGGGGGUGCUGGCCGGCGCGCUGCGGGAGCACGAGGAGAGGGCGGCCACCACCGCCCGGAGCCAGGAUGAGGUUGCUGCUGCCGUCGACCGCCUCAACGGAGGUAGGUGCCUCUCCCCGCUCCAGCCUUCGACUUUCUCUGCUGCUGCUGUCCUGCGCUGCGCGCGUUGUGGCUUAGGGUUCUCCGGCUUCUGA